AUGGGCAACAGUCACAGCGUCGGUAGUGGCAUCAGCGACCUUUUCUACCCCGACAAUCCCAGCCGCCGCGGGCGCUGCCAGGAGCUCAAAAACGACAUCACUUUAAUAUGCGCCGAGUUCAAGGAGCUUCAGGCUCGGGUCGAGGAGCAGGAAAAGAGGAUGGAUGUGAAAGUGACAGAGCUGCUCCACGCUCAUGGGUACUCCUCUUUUGCAGAGCUGGAGGCAAAGAUCGAGCAAGUGCUUGCCAACGACGAACUUGCAAAAUGGAAGGAGAUGACCAAGGAACUAAGCCGGGAUCAUGGCAUUCAGAGCUGGAUUCUCACGAUAUCCGGGCUGGGGGCUGUGGCAACUGGUGUGGUUCUCGGCGGCCUGGUUGCGUUUGGGGUUAUCGCCGGCACGGUUGCGAUCGCUGCCAGUGAGGUAAUCCUACCGGUCCUCGCCCUCAUGGCCGUCGUCGCCCUUGUCUGGGGGGCCAUUGCCGGUGCUAAGGAGCGCGCAGAACUGCAAGAGGCCAUCAAGAAGAUGGCUUUCAGCCGUGUGGAAGCAAAGCAGCAGCUGCAGAAACUGAAGGUGUACUCGGACUGGAUGAGUAACUUUGACAUCUGGCUCAACAACCCCAUAUUCACACAGCACCCCGAACUGUUUGAGCAGCAGAUCACCGGCGACUUCAAGGCCGACAUGGAGAACACCAAUCGUCCGGCCAUUAUCAAGAUCCUGCAUGAGCUUGACUCCGUCCGCAAGUCCUGGACAAAUGAAGAUCCAGACGUCACGAACCCUCCUCUCACUGGCGCGGAUCUCCUCCGUAUCAUUGCUGCAAAUACCCCCUUCACGUUUGGAACUACCCCCCUCGGCUUUGCUUCUGCCCCCGUCGCUCUUGCCUCUGCCCCCCUCGCCCUUGCGUCUGUAAAUGCCCUUCCGGAGCCCGUACCUUUGGAAGGCUUUGAAGAAGCCAUGCCCAUGAGCACAUUGCACUGCACCUGGCACGAUACGGACGCCGGGCAUAGGGCACACAUGAUGGACCUGCGACUCACAGUCCACAAGGGCAGGACUGAUUGCGAGGCGGUGGAAGCUCGCUCGGGCGAGACGUGGCUCUUGCACGCCAAGGUGUAUCCACCGCUUCCGGAUACUAUAAGGUUGGGGGAGGUGCUGUUUAAAUUGCAGAACGAAACGACGGGGGAGGUGAGGGAUGACUGUAAGGUCAUGGUGGCGUUGGCGGCUUAG